AUGAUAGGAGUCAAACUGUGCUCCCCUUAGUGAAAUCAUUCUGUGAAAAAUCCUUCAAAGCAGAUGAAUCUAUCCUAGUUUCUUUAUCUUUCCAUUUAGGGAAACUCUGUAAUGGAUUAUAUGGCAUUUUUACUCCUGAACAGCACUUGCGUUUUUUGGAAUUUUAUAAGAAGCUUUCCACGCUGGGUUUACAGCAGGAAAAUGGACACAAUGAUAAUCAACUACAACUUCAAACUCUGGAACAGGAAAAGAAAUAUAUUUCAGUGAGGAAGAACUGUGCUUACAAUUUUCCAGCCAUGAUUGUUUUUGUGGAUCCAAAGAACUUCCAUUUAGAGCUAUAUUCUAUAUUCUUCUGCCUUUGUCAUGACCCUGAAGUUCCCGUCAGAUAUACUAUGGCCACAAGCUUCUAUGAAGUUGCUAAGCUUUUAAAUUCUGGUGUGUAUACAAUACAUAAAGAACUGGUUACACUAUUACAGGAUGAGUCACUGGAGGUGUUAGAUGCCCUGGUAGGUCACCUUCCUGAAAUCCUUGAACUAAUGACAAAUGGAGGAGAAAACAGUGGAUCAGAAAGCAAGUUAUUGUCUAUUCCUGACUUGAUUCCUGCAUUAACAACAGCAGAACAGAGAGCAGCAACUUCUUUAAAGUGGAGAACUCACGAGAAGUUACUACAAAAAUAUGCAUGUCUCCCUCAUAUCAUAUCAAGUGAUCAGAUUUAUUACCGUUUUCUUCACAGGAUGUUGACAAUCAUUUUGACAAAUAAUGUCCUGCCAGUCCAAAAAGCAGCUGCUCGAACUCUCUGCGUUUAUUUACGUUAUAAUCGCAAGCAAGAACAGAGACAUGAGGUUAUUCAGAAACUGAUUGAACAAUUGGGCCAAGGAAAAAGUUAUUGGAACAGACUUCGGUUCUUAGAUACUUGUGAAUUCAUUAUGGAACUGUUUUCAAAAUCAUUCUUCUGUAAAUAUUUCUUUCUACCUGUGCUUGAACUUACACAUGAUCCAGUGGCAAAUGUGAG